AUGGCUAAAACUAAAACCAACAAAUCAGAUUCGGAGCUUCGGGUUCAGCCAUCAGCGGCCACGAAUGCUAACAUGUCAAAAUCAGCACAACGAGAUACCAAAUCCCAUGUUUCUCACAUCUCACAGGAUUAUUGUGAUGUCAAAGAAGGCAAAAAAGGACAACCUCACGAACUUCAUGAAAAAUAUGUUCAUCCUUCUACAAAUCAUGAUCCUAAAUUAGCUUUUAAUCAAAAAAUGGACAUUGAACGAGAAAGUCGUAAACAGCAUGCGGAUAAAGAAAUUGAAGCGGAAGAACGAGAAAUUGAGAAAAGUAAAAAUGAAAGUCAAAGCAAGAAGAUGCCAGUUAAGAAAUAA